GUGGCCACAUUCACAUCCUCAGUGUGUUUGUGGGAGUGCGAGAAGGUGGACGCCUGGCAGUGCGGUCGCAGCAACCCUGGCUCAGUUGCCUCAUUCUCUAAUACCUGGGCGCGACACAUGUGGCCGAGUUCGAAGGUGUGGAGAAGGCUGUGACAACAUGGUGGCAGGUGCGCGUGCUGCCAGCGCACGGCUCGCGGCGCCGCCAAAGUGGUGAGCUUCGCCCUCCGGCCGGCGAUGGUCGCAGUGAGGGUCCUUGUGGCGCGGCAGUGGUGUGGGCGUGAGACGAUGAUGGGCGGGGCGGUGCGUGUGCCCCUGUCCUCACGCACGCUCGUGGGCUGUACGGUGGCGGCGGCGGCCUUCCUGCUGCUCACACUCCGCCUAUUUGCAGGUGCCAAGCCGCCCCCGAGCCUUCCCGCCGUCGUGGCCGACUACGGCGACCACUUCGCCAUCGACGCCGUGAUGGGCGCGGAGGGCGGGCUGGGCGAGGUGGGCUGGCGGGCGGCGGCGUGCCUCCCGCAGGUGGGGACGCCGCCCUUCCCCGUCAGGCUGCCCAAGUUCUCUCCUUCGGCGGCCUCCAAGAACGUCUUCUUCCUCGAGACGACCUGCUCCUCGGCCGUCAACGCCAAGAUGGCGUGCGCGGUGGAGAGCGUGGCGGUGCACCACCACGACCACCAGGUCCACUUGGCCCUCACCUCCACCCACGUGGGCGGCACGGACUCCAUCAUCCAGGCCCUCGCCGCGUACCACAACAUCCGCAUCUCCACCCUCGACGUGGACGACGUGCUGGGCAGCAGCGGCCGCCUCGGCAAGUGGCUGCGGGAGAUGGAAUGGGCGCGCGGCACAGAUUGGGCGGCCAUUAAUCUGUCGGACGCGCUGAGGCUGGGCGUCGUGUGCUCGGUGGGCGGGACCUACCUGGACCUCGACAUGUGGACGGUGGCGUCUCUGCCGCCCAGCGACGUCUGGAUCGGCCGCGAGCGCUGGGACCAGCUCUCCAACGGCGCCUUCCGGAUCCCGAAGGACCACUGGUUGUGCAAGGACGCGACCAUAGAGCUCACAGAAAACUUCAAGGGCAAUGUGUGGGGUCACAACGGUCCCGGGGUCUUCCAGAGGGUCGUCAAGAACAACUGCAAAGUCGACAACCUGACAGAUUUUCACCAGUGCAAAGACCUUGUUAUUCUGGCCCCCGCCACCUUCUACCCUCUCCACUGGAAGCGCUGGGAAGAGCUGUUCGUCUCCGGUGGAAGCACCACUUGGACGUGGCCCCACGACACCGUCGGAAUCCACCUGUGGAACAAGUUCAGCCGAGGGGCCCCCCUGCACCCGGGAGACGGCUCGGUCGUGGACAGGACUUCCAAGAGGCACUGCCCGAAGGUGUAUGCUACUGUGAGACAGAUCCGGAAACUCAAGGACCACUUGCAGAAGAAGAAGACGAGGAACGGCGCCGCGAAGCGAGGGCAGGGCGUGUGAGCGCGGGCGGCGGCGGGGUCGAAGUGCUUUUGUGUUGAUGUCACGGACUUUCCAGCAGAGUACGACAAAGAACUUGUUGACAUUUAAAAAGAACAAAAGAAAGAAAAGUAAUUCGAAUUAUCUCCGGUUGGAAAGCUUUAUUCUCCACAGAAAUAAUCAUCAUAAGACACUGCGGAUUGGCAAUCAAAGUCUGGAUGGGUUUAUCCUUUAAUCAUUUUUCUCUUAUGCAGCGAACUUGCAACGCAAGUCAAACUAAGUGAUGGAUUUUUAUAUUUCUCGCUCACUAGCGGGCUAGUGGCGUAAGUUCCCAUAUUGUUAAUAAUUGGUUCCAUAUCAUGUCAAAAGUGAAGGCCAGUCUUAAUGGAAAAGGAAUGAGAUAUAUCUAUUUUGAUUGAUACUACGUAAAGAGGGAUAUUUUCAGAAAACAAACUUCAGUCCCAAGGUUUCCUAUAAGCAUCAUGACGAACUGCAACCGGUGUUAUUAUUUGUUCGUUGGAAGACGAACUUGCAGUCAUGGAAAUCGUCUUCAAAGUGAUACCAUAACCUCAAGUAUUCUCUCAGUGACAAUCUAUCAUGCACAUCUUAUUGUUCAUCUAAUGAUCACUGACAUUUCCCCUGACAAGUGUCAAGAAACUGUUUAUAAAGUAAGAUAUUUUAUAUUUCUUGUGGUAUUAUUUAUAUUCAAGAUUCGAGCUGUGAGUGAAAAUGAGCGGAAAUAUGACAAAUUAUUGGAGUUAAACUAAUUCGAACAUGCAACAAAGUGCGAAUAUCGUAUGAACCGCACGUUCUAGUGAUCUGUGAACCGGAGUCAAAAAUGAAUGAAACGGCAUUCAACUUUAUACCUGAAACGCAUUUACGUUGUCUUUUCUUUAUUCCUAACCCUCUGAAGUACCAGGUCGCAGCCUCCACGUUCUCGUAUCAAUGGGGGUCUUCAUAAACGCUGUCGCAUGGAAGAAAUAAUGAUUUACUCCAUUUGCAAGUGCAAGAACUUGGCAUUAAGAACAGAUCAGUAUAAAUGUAUUUAUCAUUUCAGGACUGUCAUUAUUCGCGUUUUCGAAAAGCUAC